AUGUGGAAGGGACUAGCUCUCUGUUUCUGUGCAGUCAUGGCCUGCAUCUCUGGAGGUUUGGCAGCACCAACCAAAGCAGACAGCUCCCACCAUCGCGGGAAGCGAGCCGUGAAGGCCGCUGUAGCCAAAUUCGCUAAAGACGCCGCCCUGGACAUCGGCCAAAAGGUGGUGGACAAGCUCGGGGACAGGAUCGCGGAGGCGGUCGUGGAGAACCACCGGGAGAAGGUGGUGUCGGGGCUGGAGAGCUACUUCUCCGGGCAGUUUGACAAGGCAGACGAGGCGUUUGAUGAAGUGCUAGCCCGCGGCGGAGACCUGCUCUCCGGUGUGGGUGGAAAUGUGAAGCAGAGCAAGACCGUCGAUGAUGAAGGCAGCGAUGACGCUAUUACCCCGAUGUUCUACCCCAUGGGUCUGGGGUCUGUAUUGAUGAACAGCUGCUUCGAGAGCAAAAAUUCAUCGGAAGAUCCGUGCAGCGAAGCUGCGGUGCCCAUAGCGCCCUGCGCCAAUGUCAUUGACGGAGCGACUUUCCUGGGUGUUGGGUUUGACGGACGUGGUGAAUACUCCACCGACUCCAGGAAGAAGAGCCUCAUCCAGCGAGCCUGUAAUAGUCUACAGGGAUACAAGGAGUACCACGUGCCUGAUCAGAUGACCGUGCAAGGCAUAUACGACACCGACGUGGAGACCUACUCCUUUAGCUCCAUGGAGGAGUACCGAGCUUACCUGGAGGACAAGUCUGCCGUGACGUCUGCUACCGCCAUGUUCCAACAGGAGAUGAACAAGGUUCAGGGACAUCUAGCCGUAAGCCCCAUCUUCGGACUUGUGGGUUCAGUCGGAGCAGGGUUCAGCGCCCAAUGGGGGAGCGACAGGGAGACUUCAGUUUUCGCAGCCCACUCAGCUGCUGCUCAACAACUUGCUGAGCGUUCCACCCAAACGUUCGUAGCCAUGCUGGAGCUUAACGUGUUCAGGUAUGAAAUCUUCCUUGACUUCGUCAUACCUGAAGACUUGAACCUGGGCCUCCUGAGGGAUUUCGUGGCUCUGCCUUCGACCUACUUCGCCAUAGGAGCAGAGAGGGAGUUCCAGGACUUCAUCCUACGCUGGGGAACACAUUAUACCACUUCUGCCAAGUUCGGUGGACAGUUAAAAGUCAUUAAGGUUUUUGAAGCCUCCGAUGAAGACCAACAAACCGCUUUCGCCCAGGCUUCCCAGGCUGACUUCAAACAGCUCUUCAGUACCUACUCGUCGUGGCAGACACAAAUCAAGUCCAGCAGCUUUUGGCACGAUCAGGAGCUCAAGUCUGAUAGUGAGCGUUCUUCGGGCAGCGCAGUUGAGAACACGGCCGAACAGGAGUCUGCACAAGAACACGCGGCCAGGAAUUCUGUGGACUACAGCAACGAGAUGAUGAUCGUGCAGGGAGGAAACCAGAGGAUUGCAACCGCCAUCACCGAGUUCUACACCACGUCUUUCGGAUCCGAGCUCAGAGCGUGGCUGGACUCCAUAGAGGACUACCCGAAAGCUUUUGAGUUCACUCUGGAGCUGAUCACGGAUCUCUUCGACAUGAAUUUUGACACGCUCUUCCCCCAUGGUAUUCGGGACUACGGCUGCUUCGGAAGUAAGGACCUUAGUGUGGACGACAAGGGUCGGAAGUACUACGUAGAAGACUCUGAGGACCCCAACACUUCACAGCAUCACGCAAACAUCCGUUACUGCAACUUUGACACGCAGGAAAAGUUCACGGAGAGCGUGACCAACCGCCGUUUGGCUCUGGAGCGUGCAAUCGCCGUGUAUCUGGUUGAGGGUCGACUUAUCAGUGCUGACUUCUCCCUCCCUGCCGGGGAGCCUGGGUGUGAAACCUCGGAACUGGCACUCCUUCAUGACUCCAACGUCGGAGCCCCGAGCUGGCAGGACAUGAUCAGCGGAGGAGAGUUCAACGUCCUCUUCGACCUCCCUGUGGACAUCCCCAACUUCCUGGUGGCCAGGUCCUCAGUCCGUCUGAAGUACGCGAAGCACAGGUGGUUGACCAUGAGGGACGGCUUCCACCCGCACACGUACGACGGACACAGAAAUGGCAACAGUGGGGACGUCACAAGGAACAAGGUUAGCGUAGGAGGUCUGGUCAUGACGUACGACGAGGAUACAGGAUUGUUCACCGUGACUCCAGAAGACUUCGAGGCGUCCGCACAGGCUAUUCAGGACCUGCCUGACUGGAUGAACGGCCUGCCUGUGGCCAGGGCAGAGCACAAAUCGCUACUGCGGCACCUUAGUGAUUCCAAUGCUUUGUCGACUGGAGAUAUACCGUGUAACCUGAGGUGGUCCAACGCCCACCGUAUCGACCCGACCGACGGCGGAAAGUGCAUCCACUUCACGGCGGCAUCAGAGGGAGACAUCUUCGUGGUGUUCGCCGGAAUUCCUCGCGAUCAUGAGACCUGGCUGACCGUAGAGAUCUCUCCAGACGGCGUGGCUAUGUAUAGAUCCCUGCGUCUGGUGACCAGCCAGCUCGAACGUGCGGCGAAGGGCCUGGGAACAGCCACUCUGUACCAGUCUUACUUCGUCUGCAUCACUGAGGACAUCACGGCAGGAACUACAACUGUGCAGUACGGCAAGAUACAAGACAAUGAGGAGCGGAUUCGCAUCUGGAUGGAUCACCAGUUCGACGAGGUCCUCUCUCUGUAUUACUACGCGUUCGGGAGCGGCGCCCAUGAGGUGAAGAUCAUGCGCGUGUCUCAGUCCGACGUGCCCGGAGAUGACUUCAUCAUCUGCGGCACUGGAAUGGAGAAAUCCGAGGGGAGAUGUGUGCCUAGGGCUUAAUGAGCCCCUCCACCUGCUGCGGAAUGGAUCAUUGUUUGCUGACUUUUUGGACACUCAUAUUGUGCACGUGUGACAGAAUAUUACCUUUAAAACCUAGACGACAGCUCAGUUUCUUUAGAUCAAGAAGUAAUGAAAAAGGUAAUGUUCUCACCGGUAUUUUGAAAGAACAUAUCUAUUUGUUCUAAAUUGCUAACAGAUAAUCAAAUGUCAAAAAUUAGAUAUACAGACAUUAUAAAGAUGAAAUCAUGCUAACUUGAACAUGAGAACUGACCAAAGUUAACAAUGUAGCUAGUGAUAUUUAGUAGCCAAGAUUCACUUCCUCACUAGUUUGCGACAUGGUACCUACAUGUAUUAGUCUUUAAAAAGAGCACCGUUUUCCUUCAUGAUAAAGAAACCAUUAUCUAAUCAUUAUUAUUCUUAAGAUGCUAAUAUGUUACACCUAAGGAUUAUAUUUAUUCAAGAUAUGCCGAUCCCAUGUAUACUAGAAUGGUUUUAAUGACCAAAACUGUCUACAUUUAUGACCAAAUGAACUAGUCUAGGGCACAGCAAUAAAAAAAUAACCAUUUUCUUCGACUUCAUAAAAAAGCAUCUUAGCGAAAAACUUUUAAGAUCAAAUAUAGCCAGCCUCCAACUACCCCAGGAGGUAAGGUACAUGUUUGUAGUUGGUGGAUAUAUAUAAGUAUCCCCAGACAUAGUCAAAAAUUGUGUUAUUUUACGGUCACUUUAU